GUAAUGUAAAUGGAGCGACCACCAUACACUGAAAAUGAGCAAACUACCACAACAAACACCACCGUAAUUCAACGUAAACAGAGCUCCCAAGGUGGCGGUACGCGACACCCUGUAUAUCACGGCGUUCGAAAACGGCGGUGGGGCAAGUGGGUUUCUGAAAUUAGAGAGCCACGCAAAAAAAACCGCAUUUGGCUAGGAUCAUUCCCCAUCCCUGAAAUGGCUGCUAAGGCUUACGAUGUAGCUGCAUACUGUUUAAAGGGACGUAAAGCUCAGUUAAAUUUUCCUGACGAGGUUGAUCACUUGCCACGUCCCUCUACUUGUACGGCUAGGGAUAUCCAGGCGGCAGCAGCUCAGGCAGCACAUUCAGUGAUUUCAUCAAAGAAGAUCGAUGAAUCGGACGGUGAUGUUGAUGACUUCUGGGGUGAGAUUGAAUUGCCUGAGUUGAUCAAUAGUGGGUUUUACAGUAAUUCUUGUGGAUGGACGUUCAACAGUGAUGCCCCGUUGAUUGAUGGAGAAGCGUACCCGCCGUUCAUGGCAUGUCCCUAACGAACAAUAUUGUGGUUUUAUAAGCUAAGGCAGGCGGCAGUGGCAGUGUCAGGCAUGUAAAAAUUAGUAAGUCUCCGUAUAUUUUACUAGCUGGUUGUGCUGUUUAUUACUUAACCUGUUUUACAGUAAUUCAGUAGUGGUUUGUUAUCGUUCGGCAAUA